AAACAAUUUGGGUUUUAUAUUAAACUUUAUCGCUAAACAUUCAAGUUGAAUUACUGUGGCAGUUACUUUGCUGACUCAAGAGUCAAGACUUGACUAAUCCGAUUGCUAUAUAUAAUGAUCAUCAUUCAUCACACAAACCCCAAAUUUAAAACAUAGCGUCAAACUUGGUCUUUGGUUUCAACUGACUUACUCUGUUUUCUAACAUUGAUAGUCACCAUAGUGAUGACUAUACAGUCUUAGAAAAAACUGCAAAAACCCUCCUUCAAAUUACUUAAACUUGUACUUAUCAAUUAUUCAGAUUGACAAACUCUCAAUCUGAUGAAUCUCUUCAAAAUGAAUAAAGUGAAGUCAAUCCCAUUAUGCAGCAUUAUCUUCCUUCUUUUCCUUAGCCAUGGCAGAGUACUCUCCCAGUCACUGCAGAAGCAGGAACAAUCAGUGCUUCUGAAGCUAAAACAGCAGUGGGGAGACCUUCCUUAUAUGAGUCAAUGGAUUCCAUCAUCAACAAACUCUUCUUCUCACUGCUCUUGGCCUGGUAUCACCUGCACCUCUGACUCUGUCACCGCUCUGAAUCUUAAUGAUGCAAACAUCACAACUCCAAUUCCUUCUUUUAUAAGUGAUCUCAAAAACCUCAGUGUCAUUGAUCUUGCGGGCAACCACAUUCCUGGGGAGUUUCCAAAAGCUCUGUUCAACUGUUCAAAGCUUGAAGAAUUGGACCUCACUGACAACUACUUCGUGGGAACCAUUCCUGGCGACAUAAACAGAAUGGUUCAGCUCCGGAAUCUUUCUAUUGGCGGUAAUUACUUCUCCGGCGACAUACCAGCAGUCAUUGGACAGCUUCAAGAGCUCAGAAGACUCAGACUAGAGCACAACCAAUUCAAUGGCUCUUUACCACAAGAAUUAGGUAACUUGUCUAAUCUUGAAAUGCUUUGGUUAUCCGACAAUAAAAAUCUUUCGCCAUCAAGGCUGCCUUCCAGUUAUACUCAAUUGAAAAAAUUGAAAUUUUUUUGGAUUACUAACUCAAAUAUGGUUGGAGACAUACCUGGAAGUAUUGGAGAUAUGACAGCAUUGGAAAGUUUGGAUUUAUCGAAAAAUAACUUGAGUGGCGAAAUACCUGAUGGGUUGUUCAAGUUAAAGAACUUAGACACAGUUUAUCUUUACACGAACAAUCUUUCUGGGGAGAUUCCUCAGGUGAUUGAAUCUUUUAAAUUGUCUAUAGUUGAUGUUUCAGAGAACAACUUAACUGGAAGAAUACCAGAAGACUUGGCCAAGCUAAACCAAUUGUCGGAUUUGGCUUUGUUUAUGAAUCAAUUAUCUGGAAAUAUUCCAGAGGGCCUUGGUAGAUUGCCAGGCAUGAUAAAUUUCGAACUUUAUGACAACAAAUUGUCAGGUGUUUUGCCUCCAGAUUUGGGCAAGUAUUCGAAACUCGAAACGUUAGAGGUCUGUUUCAAUAGGCUUGAAGGCAAACUACCAAAGCAUCUUUGCUCCCACGUCGUGGCUUAUAACAACAAUCUCAGCGGUGAACUGCCAGAAGGACUGGGAAACUGUAGUUCUUUGAUAUCGAUGACAAUUUCUAACAACAAUCUUUCUGGAAAUGUUCCUAGUGGUUUGUGGACAUCGUUUAAUUUGAGUCACUUGAUGCUAAGCAACAACUCAUUCACUGGUGUGCUUCCUCAGAAGUUGGCCUGGAAUCUUUCUCGGCUCGAAAUCAAUGACAACAACUUUUCAGGUAACAUUCCAAUUGGUUCAUCUUCCUGGAGAAAACUUGUGGUUUUUAAUGCCAGUAAUAACCAUUUGACAGGAUCCAUUCCUUAUGAAUUAACCACUCUUUCACUUUUGACAACUCUUUCCCUUGACCAUAACCAACUCACAGGAGAUCUUCCAUCAAGUAUUCAAUCAUGGAAGUCCCUAAACACUCUUAAUCUUCGUCAAAACCAACUUUUUGGACGAAUUCCAACCAGCCUUUCUUUCUUGCCUACUCUCACCUAUUUGGACCUCUCACAGAAUCAACUUUCUGGUCAAAUUCCACUUCAACUUGGUCUUUUGAAACUCACUCAUCUCAAUCUCACUUCCAAUAAGCUCACUGGAACUAUUCCACGUGCAUUCGACAACGGUGCAUAUGCCGAUAGCUUCUUGGACAAUCCUGGUCUGUGCACAACUUCCAACAAUUCAAAACUCAAUCUCUGUAGUCCCCAACCCGGCAAGCGGGGCAAAAUUUCAACCACACACCUUAUUUUGAUCAUAACUUUAGGGACAACUAUUCUCUUGUUAAUUGUGUCCUUCUCAUAUUUCUUCAUACUCAAAGGCUAUUGUUGCAAAAAUGUACUUAAAUCAAAUUGGAACCUGACCCAGUUCCACACAAUAGAUUUCACUGAAGCUAAGAUCAUUUCUGGAUUGAAUGGCCAUAAUCUGAUUGGAGCUGGAGGCUUCGGUCAAGUCUACCGUAUCCCUGUGAAUCGCGAAGGUGAUGUUGUUGCCGUAAAAAGAAUAUGGAAUGACAAGAAUGUGAGCCACAAGCUCGAGAAGGAAUUCCUUGCGGAAAUGGGGAUACUGAGCUUAAUUCGACAUUCCAACAUAGUGAAACUCAUGUGUUGCAUCUCAAGUGAGAGUUCAAAACUUUUAGUCUAUGAGUACAUGGAAAACCGAAGCCUAGACCGAUGGCUACAUGGCAAAAACAAUCAACACAUCAUCUCAACCUCACAUUCUGCCCAUGAUGAUAUCUCCCUUGACUGGCCCAAGAGGCUACAAAUAGCAGUUGGUGCUGCACAAGGCCUCUGCUAUAUGCACCAUGAUUUUGUGCCACCAGUAAUUCAUAGAGACAUCAAAUCAAGCAACAUCUUGCUAGACUCUGAAUUCAACCCGAAAAUCGCAGACUUCGGCUUAGCAAAAUUGUUGGUCAAGCAAGGAGAGCUUACCACAAUGUCUAAUGUGGCUGGUUCUUUUGGCUACAUGGCUCCAGAGUACACUUAUACAACAAAAAUCAAUGAAAAGAUAGAUGUUUAUAGUUUUGGCGUCGUUCUUUUGGAAUUGGUAACCGGUAGAGAAGCAAACAAUGGAGAUGGCAAUGGGCAAAGCUCCCUCUCAGACUGGGCAUGGUGUCACAUCCAAGAAGACAAGCCGAUCGCGGAAGCUUUGGACCCGAGAGUAAAGGAGUCAUGUAAUAUAGAAGAAAUGUGUGGGGUGUUCAUGGUUGGGAUCAGGUGUACGGAGAAACAGCCUCUUAGUAGGCCUUCCAUGGAAGAAGUUGUACAGCUAUUGCUUCGAUGUAGCGAUUUUGGGAAUAAGUUCUCCAUAAUACGAAGGAACUCCAUUCCUAAAGAACUUGAAGCAUGACAAUGUUAUAUAAGAAGAUUAAACAUGGCUUAUGGUUGAGACCGUCUUCUUCUCCAACUCUUCAAGCCUACUCCGAUGCCGACUGGGCCAGUUGCCUUGAUGAUUGUCGGUCUACUGGUGGUUAUUUGGUAUUCCUUGGAGAGAAUCUAAUCAGCUGGUCCGCGAAAAAGCAACAUGUUGUCGCUCGUUCCAGCACUGAAAGUGAGUUCCGAGCUUUGGCUAAUGCAGCUGCUGAACUCAAAUGGAUCCAUUCUCUGUUACACGAACUUCAAGUCUCUAUUGUGCACACUCCUAUCAUUUGGGUGGAUAAUCAAAGCGCUUCUGCUUUAGCUGCAAACCCAGUUUUUCAUGCGAGGUCUAAACACAUUGAGCUUGAUCUUCAUUUUGUCCGAGACCAGAUUUUAGACAACCAAGUUUCUGUUCGAUACGUUCCUUCCUUGGAUCAGGCUGCUGACAUAUUAACCAAGGCUUUGUCUACUGAAAGAUUUUUGUACCUAAAAGCCAAACUAAAAAUGGUGUCUACACCAUUUAGUUUGAGGGGGAUGUUAAUAUAGUUGGUUAAGUCUGUUUUUCAGUUAGUCUUUCUAACUGUUUUCUGUUAUUUGUCUGUAAUAGUUUUCUUGCUUUGGUUAUCUUUUCUUGUGUAUAUAUAGACCUUCUUUCAAUAAAGGAAUAUUCUGGGUUUUA